GGCAAAGAGGCUGCUUGGUUCUUCCAAGUGCCGCCCAACGUAGGGCUGAAAAAUCGGUUUGCAUUGCCUACCUGUAGCCUUAACUUAAGAGACCGGGAGAGCGUUUUAAGAAUGGGAAGAGCAUUCCCCUUUAAACAAGGUGGGCUGAGCUUAUUUGCAGUUCUCGCUCCUAUGGCAACCCAAUAGAUCAGCAUCAUGAAUAUUCACAAUUCGCCAAAACGCACCAUGACUAUGGAUCAGUGAUGUCAGCGGUCCCUGGAAAUGCUCUACUGUAUUUUGCAUGAUUGUGUCGCGUUGUUUGAUGGCAGCUGGCAAGACAACUGGUGAAAAGAGCAUCCUCCGUCGUGCAUGACCUUUCCAUCGUCUCCGUAUCACGGUCCGUCGGCACGUCCCUCACAUGUCACGCUAAGGUGACUUUCAAGCAGUUUUUUCCACUUUUGCGCACAAUGUCGGAACGGCACAAAGAUGUACAUCGGGGACGCAGUGGCCAAGCGGACCGCCCAGGCUGUGCGUGAGGGCAUAUGCAAACUGUCAGGUAGUCUAAUUAUGAAAAAGAGUAUCUCUCAUCUGUUUCAGUAGAGCCACGGCGGUCCAUGUCAUGUGUAGCAGGCUUUCAGGGAUUCAGAUUAGCUCCAGACUGAUCGCUCUCACAAACAGAUAGGGAGCGCGGGGCUGGUGGCAGUAGUCGUUACAAUACAGCCAAACAAUCUGGAUUUAUUUGAUUUUCUCCACUGUGUCUCAGUGUCAUAAUGGACAGGUUGCACUCCUCCAUGCGUAAAAGGCUCUACAGUUUGCCACAGCACAUUGGACAGAAAGCAUCUAUAAUGGGCGAAGGAGAAGACGCAGACAAGGACACCCGGAGGAAGAGUAUUAGGAUGAAGCCUCUACCGUCACCGUCGCCGACCUCUGGGGGAAGCUGCAAAGGCAUCGGGGAGACCAAAAGUGGGGAGUCUGUGAUCAUGGAGACGGACAUAGGGAGACCCUUGAAGACCAGCUCAAACGGAGAUUGCCGGAGAUUUCGAGGCAGUCUCUCGUCCAUCACAAGUCGGCAUGUGCACGACUCUGACUCGGCGGAGGAGAGGCGCCUCAUCACCGAGGGGGAUGUCACCCCAAGCGAGGAGAGCCCCCCCGGAGCCAUCGGUGAUGGGCCGCCGGAUCAAGGCGCGCAAGGGGCCAGUGGUGACGGCAGUACUCAAAAAGAUUCCCCAGACCAGCAGUCAGGUUUUAUAAAGUUGGACGGCAUUGAUCAAAUUCUGCCGGACGACGAGAGAUUAUAUCAAGCUGGGUUCAUACACAGACAGUUUGGAGCAAUGCUUCAACCAGGGGUCAACAAGUUCUCCCUGAGGAUGUUUGGAAGUGAGAAGGCGGUUGAACGGGAACAGGAGCGGGUUAAAUCAGCCGGAUUUUGGAUAAUUCACCCUUACAGUGAUUUCAGGUUUUACUGGGACUUGACCAUGCUGCUGCUGAUGGUGGGCAACCUCAUCAUCAUCCCUGUGGGCAUCACGUUCUUCAAGGAUGAGCACACACCCCCUUGGAUCGUGUUCAACGUAGUCUCCGACACCUUCUUCCUCAUGGACCUGGUCCUAAACUUCAGGACAGGCAUCGUCAAGGAGGACAACACAGAAAUCAUCCUGGAUCCACAACAGAUCAAGAUUAAGUAUUUGCGGAGUUGGUUUGUGGUGGACUUCAUCUCCUCCAUCCCUGUGGACUACAUCUUCCUCAUAGUGGAAACACGCAUCGACUCAGAUUUCUACAAGACAGCGCGCGCCUUGCGGAUUGUUCGCUUCACAAAGAUCCUCAGCUUGCUGCGACUCCUGCGCCUCUCUAGACUCAUUCGCUACAUCCACCAAUGGGAAGAGAUCUUCCACAUGACCUAUGACCUUGCCAGCGCCAUGGUGAGGAUUGUCAACCUGAUCGGCAUGAUGCUGCUACUGUGUCACUGGGAUGGCUGCCUGCAGUUCCUGGUGCCCAUGCUGCAGGACUUCCCCGCCGACUGCUGGGUGUCCAAAAAUAAGAUGGUGAAUGACACAUGGGGACAGCAGUACUCCUACGCACUUUUCAAAGCUAUGAGCCACAUGCUGUGUAUUGGGUAUGGCAUGUACCCCCCAGUGGGGAUGACAGACGUGUGGCUGACCAUCCUCAGCAUGAUAGUGGGCGCUACCUGCUACGCCAUGUUUGUGGGCCACGCCACCGCACUAAUCCAGUCUCUAGACUCAUCUCGACGGCAGUACCAGGAGAAGUACAAACAGGUGGAGCAGUACAUGUCUUUCCACAAGCUGCCAGCAGAUAUGAGGCAGAGAAUCCACGACUACUACGAGCACCGUUACCAGGGCAAGAUGUUCGACGAGGAGAGCAUCCUGGGAGAGCUGAACGAGCCGCUCCGAGAGGAAAUCGUCAACUUUAACUGUCGAAAGCUGGUGGCGUCCAUGCCUCUGUUUGCCAACGCCGACCCCAACUUUGUCACCUCCAUGCUCACUAAGCUGAGGUUUGAGGUGUUCCAGCCCGGGGAUUAUAUAAUCAGGGAGGGCACCAUCGGCAAGAAAAUGUACUUCAUACAGCAUGGGGUUGUCAGCGUACUAACCAAAGGCAAUAAAGAGACCAAGCUUUCAGAUGGCUCCUAUUUUGGAGAGAUUUGUUUGCUGACACGGGGCAGAAGGACAGCCAGUGUCCGAGCGGACACGUACUGUCGCCUGUACUCACUGUCUGUGGACAACUUCAAUGAGGUGCUGGAAGAGUAUCCAAUGAUGAGACGGGCAUUUGAGACUGUUGCCCUGGACAGGCUGGACCGUAUUGGCAAGAAGAACUCAAUCCUGCAACACAAGGUACAGCAUGACCUCAGCUCUGGUGUACUCAACUACCAGGAGAAUGAGAUCAUCCAGCAGAUUGUGCAGCAUGAUAGGGACAUGGCCCACUGCGCCCACCUCAUGCAGAACGCCCCACCCCAGACACCUCCCUCGCCGACCCCUGUCAUCUGGGCCCCCCUUAUCCAGGCCCCUCUCCAGGCGGCAGCCGCCACCACCUCAGUAGCUAUUGCCCUGACACACCAUCCCCACCUUCCACCAACUCUCUUCAGGCCUCCGGUUUCUAUUCUGGGCUCCCUAAAAGAUCCUUCCAGUCGUCUGAAGAAGUUCCACACAUUUGUUUCUCCAUCUGCAGCAUCAGACUCUGCUGGGGACUCUCCCUCUAGCACACCCUCUAAAGUGCGCACUGGGGUGGACAUGCCAUUGCUGGCCUCUUUUCGGGCCCAGCACAUGACGUCAGGUAUAGGGGCAACUGGCUCUAGCCAACAGGCCUCAGGUAGCGGAGGCAAGCGUGGACCUAGUGGGACUGGAUCUGGGUCAAGUGGAGGAGACGGCUCUGCCUUCCCUUUUGGACCAUUCUCUUCUUCUGGUUCACCGUCAUCCAGUAUGGCCCAGCUUCACCCACAACCACAGCAUCAACAGCCAUUUCGUUCCAGCACCCCACCUCUUUCAAACAUCUUCCAUCAAGGAUCUACAGGUGGAAGCACAGGGUCAGGAAUAAGUGGAGGGGCAGGUGGAGCCUGCGGUGGUGCUACAGGGUGGUCUUCAGGUGGAGCUGUUGGAGGAUCUGUGGAAGGGGCCACUGGAGGAGACACUACUUGGGGUGGAGAGGACUUUAUAACUGGAACAACAGAAGUGACUCCUGGGGGGCACUUUAGGUUGGGAGGAGCUACUGGUGGAUCAGUAGGAGAGAUCUCAGGGGAAUCAAUGGCAGGGAUAUCUGAAGGAUCAAUGGGUGCUGCUUGUAGCAAGUUAGGAUGUGGAGCAUCAGGUGUAUCAGUGGCGGGUGUUACCUGUGGGCCAAUAGGAGAUGCAGCCAGGAGAUCAUUGAGAGGGACUUCUAGAGGAUCAAUGGGAAAAGCUUCUGGGGGAUCAGUGGGAGAGGCUUCUGGAGAAUCACUGGUAGUCACAACCACUGGAGGAUCAUUAAGGAGGGCUUCUGGUGGAUCAAUGGGAGUGGUUUCCAGAGGAUUAACGGGAGGGGCUUCUGGGGGGUCAGUUGGAGGGGUUUCUGUUGAUUCGAUGGUAGGGAAUCCUGGAGGAUCGUUGGGAAGGGCUUCUGUUGGAUCAACAACUAGCCAUAUAGGAGGAGGUUCAAGUGGGCCAGGGGGAGGAGUGAUUGGAGGACAUAUUGGCAGAGCAGCAGGUGGGGCCCUUGGGAGCCAUAUAGGAGGGUCUACGGCUUGUCUUGCAGGAGGGACUUCUGGUGGAAUUACAGCUGGACUUAUUAGUUCCUCCCGCUGUCAGAGUCCUAUAUCUACUGGCUCAUCCAGCCCUAUGCCUGGUCAACUACUCCAUAGCCAGCCACCUCCCAAGCCUCCCCAAGUGGGUCCUUUGCAGCAGUUUGCUGGGGGAGGCAGGACUACCAGUGGUUUAAACCUAUUCCAUUCCCCUCCACCAGGCUCCCCAUCCUCUAGUAGAGGACAGCACAGCCAGCAGCCUGCUGAGGGCUCCCCAUCUUCCCUCAGCCAUUUUAGCCUGGCAGGCCUCCAGCCUGGCUUCCUGCCUCACCAGAUGUCGCUGGAGAGGUCUGCCCUGGCCUCCCUGGCCCAGUAUGGUUCAGCAAAUGCCUCCCCCUGCCUUACCCCAGUGGCACCCAGUCCUACUAUUCAAAGCCCAGUGGCAGGCAGGACUUUCCACUACAGUGACCCCUCCAAUGCCACAGGAUCCCACAGUUCUCUGCUCAUGCCUCAAUCUUCUCUCCCUUCACAGCUUCCUAACCAGCCACACCCAACAGGGAGAGACUCUCCGCUGGGCCGCUUUUCUGAGGACCUAAAGCUUUUAUCCAGCUCACCCCCAUCUCUGCCCCAGGAGGUGGACCAGGCCUUGGGCCACCAUACCCCUCGCUCCUCUGUGGAAACUGGAUAUUAUCCUUCACCCUUUUCCUCACCUACUCUUGUGCCCAAACCCUGUAGCUCCGUGCCAGGGCGCAUGACUCCUCCUAUCCAGAUGUCUCCGGGGCACCCUCACCAGACUCAGUCCCCUGGGGCCUCCCCGGCCUUGCCUCUAAGAAGGGGCUCUGCUGCCUACUCAUCAGAUCUAGAACCUCAAACUGUCCGCUCUAAACUCCCUUCUAAUUUGUGAGGAUUGAUCACACCCUCCUGUGCUCCUCCAAACUGAAACACACAAAAACGAUCUCCAUGUGUUGCAUUCUUUUUUUCUGUCUUCAGACUUCACUGUGUUCCACUUUAUUUUACCAAGAUCUUAAAUUUACUGUGAUUUAAAAGACACUUUACCGGGUAACACGGAGCUCUAGAAUACUCUGUAUUUGUUUUAUGCUUUGUCCAGUUUUUUUAUUCAUACAUACUGUAUAUAGAUAGAGAUAUAUUUAAAUGAUAAGUUAAUCAAGGGACUAGGAGGGUGUGAAAAAUGAUAUUUCUAUAACUAUGCCAAAUUCAUCUGGUGAUGUUUGGGAAGACAAUUCAGUGGACUAGACAAUAAUACUCUUUUUCAGCAGGAACCUAUGCACUAAUACCUGCAUGUAUAAAGGCUUUUGUGUGUUUAAAAAAAAAAUCUACAUUUCUAGCUAAAACAACAUGCUUUGGAACAGGCUGACUCUUGUACCAUCCCAUUUAGGAUCACAUAUUGUUGAUCCUUAAAUGUAUCUGUUAGAUUGUACUUAUUUAUCCUCUGUAUAAACUUUUCAAAACCUUAUUAGAGAUGGAGAAGAGAUUUUAGGAAACCAAAAAGACUUUUCCUGUGGGGUAAUAAUUCACCUCCUCUUUGCCCGUCAAUCCAUAUUUUAUACCACUUUAUCCUAAUAAUACUGUUUUUUGAAGCAGGGGGAGAGGGGUUCAGCGAGCUACCCUCCAUCUCAAUAUUGAGACAUAGCAGUGAGUGAGUGACUGGCUUUCUGCAGAGUCCUCAACCAUGUCCUAACAAGCUCACUUUGUCUUCCAAGCUCAUGCCGUUAUUAUGUAGAAAGCAUGUGUGGUUUUUCUUCCUGACUGUGUGCAACUGUUAAUGUGUGAGAAUAAGUGUAUGAUUCAGUGGAAACAGUCAGAUGCAAGGCAAGACUUUUCCCUGGACUGAUCAAAAAGAGAUUUGCCUUUUUCACACAAAAACUAGGACUUCCAUUAACGACAGCUUGCGUGUGUUGCAUUGUGUAGCACUCAGACCAUUGAAAAUAAAAAAAUAGUCAAAUAUAUGAUUGCCCCAAAACUAGACUUUCAGUCAUUGAGCAAAUACAGUGCAUAUAGUACACAAGCUGAAAUAUCUGAAAAGUGCUGGAAAUGGAAAUAUGACACUUAAUUUGUGCAUUACUUCUUCUACUGUAGCUGCUAUACGGUCAACAUAGACAUGUUUCCUCAUUGAAGGCCGGUGCUGAGUUUGAAAAUGUUGAAUGUAUGUACAUUUGUUGUUGCUGAAAGUAAGUACUGUAGCUGUGGCAGAUGCACUAAAAGCACUGGGGCACCCAGGGUGUUAAGAGACUGUUCCAUAACUUGAAAGGUCAUCGGUUCAAUAUCUUUGAUAGAUGUUUUCAUCAGCAGCCAUUUUUCCUGCCAAAGUGUCCUUUAGCAAGACACAGAACCAAUACCGACUAAAUUGUUGUAAGGCCAUCUGGAUAUAUGACUGAAACAGCCCACUCUUUUACUACACAUUCUCCAUAGUAUGCCUGCACUGCUGCACCACAACUCAGAAAUAGCUUUAUUUUGGCACAUGAAGUUGAAGGGGAAGACUUUACAAUGACAGAUUGAACAUUUUAAAAUGUACAGCACAUUAUUCAAGGAUGCUGCAGGUAUUUCCGAAUUCAUGUAACAGACACUAUAUACACAUACAUGAAGCAAAUUUUGCUGUUUGCUGUUAGAAUCAAAUUAUAUAUGUAUCCGUUCAGAAUCUGAUGGCACUGUCAGAGAGCCUUACAGUGGUCAAGAAAACUGAUGACACAGCAAAGGUAUCACUAAAUUCCCAAAGGAGACGAGCAGUGAUAUGCUUCUACAUGUUUGUCCACAGCUCAUCACCAAGACAGACCCGGGUUCCACUCGGACAGCUGAGUCCAUAACUCAGUCACAGCACUCAGCCACAGCAGCCUAAUUUAACAAGACAUGUCUGUAAUCCCUUGACCCUCACAGGCUAUCAUGGACUCACACAGAGAGGUGCACAGUGACCAUGCUCUCCCCUCAUUACAGUUCCCAGAAGUCUCUUUAAUAAGGUAUAGCAAUACACGACAUGACACAGAGCUGAACAAAUGCACAUUUACAGACAUGCACACAACCACAAUAGCACACAAUGACUGCUCCAAGAAAAAAUAAGAAAUAUUCAACAAUCAUGAUUUUUUUUUUAUCCACAACAUUUUAUGAUGUUGAGAAUAUCCUUGACUAAAUUUGCAGUAAGCCAAUCUAUAAUUUCAUUCAGAUCAGCUAGGGCAGUUGAUAUAGCCAUUCUUACCAUUUUUAUGAUUAGGGAUUUGCUGUAUGAUUUUUGUUGAAGACAUGAAUACACACACUGUAAUCAUAGGAAGACAAAAUAAUAUAUACAUUUUUAUUCAUUUGCUAUUAUUUUUUAUCCAUUUUAAAUAAACGUCCAGCCUUCAAUCACAAGCAACUUGUGGAAAUGGUUACCCUUUUACAUCAGUACAUCCAUCAAUAGCCACAUAAAAUAUUGGGGCAUCAUUAAAUAACAACAUCACCAACCUAAAGGGAAUAUCUAUUCUGGUAUUGUAUUUUAAGCAACACUGUUGAUGAUGUGUUACACUUUAGGGUGCAUUGCGUUGUUUGAUGAUAAAGUUCCUUAUUGUUGGAUAACUGGCCAAAUGUAGGCCCCACUGUGUAUGAUUAUUCCAGUACAGAAAAAAUACAAUUCUACAAUGGUGUUGAAUCUGAUAAAAUAGCAGCAAAUAUCAGCAAUCAGAAUUGCCUUAAUAGUCCAAUGCAACCCAACCAACAGACGUUAUUGCGUUUUGCAAGUACAUGCAAAACCAACAUCUGAAUGCAAUACAUCCAGGCAUCAUCUGUGUUACCAGCAGUCAUUAUGUAGAAUAUCAACAACUGACAUAGAAUUGGAUGAGGCCGAGAGAGGAGAUUUGAACACAGCAAGAACACUAUAAUUAUUUGGCAUAUCAUUACCGAACCACUCUUGAAUUAGAUUAUAUAGAUAAAAUCAAUAAUGGAUCAUAGCUUUUAUCUUAUACACACAACAUUUUCAUGGUCUUCUUCACAAACAGAGCAGGCGUUACUAACGGCUCGAGCAGGGUUGUGUUUGCCUCUGUCACAUUGAACAUCUUGUCUACAUCUGCAGUAAACAACUAUCUGAAGUAUUAAACAUUUAUUUUGGCCUUGCUCCUCAUGGUAGGAAGCCCAGGACCCUUUAGACCACCAUCCAAAGGGACAAAGGGCUGGGUGGGACAGAGCUUUGUGACAGAAAGUAAAUUGUUUCACCUCUGGAAUACUGAUGGUCAGUGUGUAGGUGUUUUGUUUGGGGGGCUUUUAUUGCAUUUUUUUAUUGAUAGUGACAGCUGAAGAUAGACAGGAAAGGGGGACAGAGAAAGGGGAUGACACACAGCAAAGGGCCGCAGGUCUGAUUCAAACCCUGGGCCGCUGCAGCAAGGUCUUAGCCUUGGUACAUGGGACGCCAGCUCUACCAACUGAGCUAACCGGACGCCCCAUUGUGUAGGUGUUUUAACCUUGGUCUUCCUGUACCUGCCAGCCUUGCACUGUGCAAAAGCAGCUUUGCCUCACACAUCAAGAAAAAGUCCCCUUUUUUCCAUACAAUAUGACCUUAUUAAGGCGAGCUGGAGAACAGUUUGAAGCCAGCCUGCGAGACAAAGGUGUAGAUGUGAGGAAACAGUUAUGCACUGGGGGAACAAUGUAGUCAGACAUUCAGCCACAGGGAAGACAGGUAGACAGGCACCCAAUGGGGUACUCAUACUGACUGGGUACUUGUUUCCCAAGGACUUGCAGCAUGUCGCCCCCUUCCUCAAGAUUGUUCCUGAGUACUAGUGGAUGUUUGUCAGUGUGCUAUUGAUUAUAAGUAUAUGUGGGAAAGCUUUGAGUGUAGCUGUAGCUAGUAGGUAGUGUUUAGUUGUGUGUACUUCAUUUCCCAUGCUGCCUGGCAGGGUCGAUUGCUGGGGAUGGACACUGUCUGAGAAGGGUGCGACAGGGAGACACAGGUCAUAGCUUACAGGGAGAUAGACGCUGGACAGAAAUUGAUUAGUUGGCCUGAACUUAGUCUGGUCCAUCGUCACAGAUAAGUGGUUAAGGGGAGGGUUGGGUGGGCACACAGUGUAUCAGCUGAAUCUGUCACUGACAGUUAAAAAGCAGACGCAGUCUGCAUGAUGUCGUGCCUGUUUCAUCUUGUCCAACGUCUCUGUAAAAUCUCCUGUCUUGGACUUUUUAUGCAAGAAAACUGCCAAUGUUUAAGAAAUUAUGAGAAGCAGUUUUUGAUUGAUGACCAUGAAGCUUUGAAAUUAUGUCAUUGAAAUUAACAGGGGUUACAUAAUAAUGUUUCUCAACUCACGGAAGACCAUGUAAUCCUUUACUCCAAGUACAGACAUAAAAAUAACUGAAAUUGGACUUUUUACACAACACGAUUUUUACCUGACAGCCAUGUUUAUUCUUCAAGGGGAUUUGCUGUUUCCAACCUCCCAGACUAUUUGCUGCAGCCUUAUAUGUAGCGUAAUGUAGUAUAAAGACUUUUUUUUUUAGAGGAAUCAGCUGGGAAUUAGAUAAGGAGGCUUUGAAACUUUGUGUCUUUUAAGAGAAGCGAAUAAAGAAAAACAACUAUGACUCACUUGCUCAUGCUGGGAACUAUUUUCAUUAUGUCUCCCUGUGUCACCUAUCUCAACAUGGUAAGAAAACAGAUGUAUGAGAGCAACAUAGGAAAUAGCAAUGGAGGGCAGUUGAAGGCUCACAACAGGUACCAACGUUGUGUCAAACACUUCAAGCCACUGUAGUCUGUUUAGAAAUUAGUUCAGAGGAAAUAUUGGAAAAGCACCUGACAUGUCUGUGUUUUGAUCCUGUAAGGUAUUAUUGUUUCAUUUGAAUAUCUUGCAUUGAUAUAAAUUGGUUGCUCUAUUUCAACUAACUCUAGGUCAGGGCCACCUAGCAGAGGUGGGGGACACAAAUUUGAUGACUUGAGACUUCCUUGACUAACUUUAAUAAAAAGACUCGACUUCACUUUGAUUUGAUAUCCAUUAUUUUUUUACGUGAUUAGGCUUGAGACAGAUGACUUGAAAGGACUUGACUUUUUUAAAAUUAAAUACUUACAUUUUUCUAGUUAUUGAGAGAAAUUUCUGAAACUUGACUGAGUGUUUGACAUGCAUGCAUCCAUACUUGGCAAGCUACAAGGACACAGCAGACCAGCAGAGGCCAACACAUGAGGCAGCUAUCAUGGAGGUGACUAGUCCAAAGGUAAUAGAAUUUGGAUUUGAGGGUUGUGUUGUCAACGACGGUAGCAAGAAGAAAACAGGGCUAUGCAAGGUCUGUAGCUCAAAAAAAUCAGUGACAUGACCAUCACAACAUCCAACUUCAUCCAUCAUUCAUCCAUAUAACCAGUUAGACUACAAGAGCAUAACAUAGCUGCAUGCUUGACUGGUUACAGGUGUAACCUAAUGAUCACAUUUCUUCUCAUGACAUGCCAUUGUACCCCUUUCUCUGCUGUUCAUUUGAAUUGUGCAUCCGCUCUGUUACAGUCACUUUGCUACCAGUGUUGUUACAGCAAAGACUCAUUGUGCAUAUGCCAUUUCAACUUAUGCUUAUAAUGCAUCAUGGUCACUACUUGAAUUAGAAACUCUCUAUUGUUCUGGAGUGUAUCGAACAGGUCAAGUUUACGGUUUAUGGAUUGUAUUUAUUGUUUUUUUUUUUACUGGUUUGUUUUGUCGUCUGAGUAGGUGGCUGGAGUGGUUAUGAAAGAGGUAUCACUCUGUAUGUUGCACUGAAGGUAGUAGUGGUUAAUGUUUUUGAUUGUUGGUGAGCUAACCCAUUUUUCCACUGAACCAAUCCGAGUGUAUGGCGACAACCGUUUUGGUGGUUUUGGUUGAGAUAUAUCUGUGAUUCGGUCUUAGUAAUACUGUUUGUUUUGUUUGUUUAUAGAAGAAGUAACCUACAGUACUGAGUCACCACGAUGAACCUCACUCCCAUGUGCAACUCUCACGAUCCCACUCUCUCCAUUGUUGUUCAUUUUGGUGGUUUGUUAUUGAUCAAAUGUUAACUAUCAGUAAGAUUUCUAAGGUGUAAGUCAGCUGCAACAGUUUGCGUUAAUGUUGCAAAUAAAAGUCAACAUUUCACAACUACUGUUUAAUAUGGAAACUGGGGGAGAUCAUCCGGAGUUUGUAUGCCUAGACUUGCUUAACCUAAGCUUGACUUCUAGCAGAGACAGAACUCAGCUUGCUUUAUUCUAACCACAGUAACUUUGGACUUGCUUGAGACUUGCACAUGUGUGACUUACUCUCGCCCCUGCUACACAGUCUUGAGGAUGAAACCUGUAUGGUCUGGGGCCAUACCUGGCUGCAACCGUGCUGUUGGCCCUAGAUGUGUUGUGAAGCAGCCAGCAGUUUUGUAGAGCUUUGGUGGAGAUCCACAUGGUACUUCAGUACCAUUUCUAAUUUAUGGUCGUUUCUGUCUGUAUGCUGUUGGUGCACUUCCAAUUUCGCUGCCUAAUCUUAGUCUCCCUCUCCCUUUGUGCUGCCCUACUCGGCCAUGAAUAUGGGUUGGUGAAUCAGCAAUGCAGACUAAUGAAAUCAUUUGCUGUGAUUGAGGAUUAGAUGUAGCAGCAGCAGAAUCGAACCUGCAAUUUCUCGGGGGAGAAAAAGGCAUGUGUGUUUUUUCCGAGGCCCUUGUUAUUCAUUUAUGACCACAAAUUCCUCCUACCCUUCCACAAAUGCUCAAUUUAUUUCGUACACAAGCACCAGAAUGAGGUGUUCUGUAUGACAAUGUAUCUCAGAGUGAUUGGAUAUGAUAUGAAGAUUGCUAUAUGUGGUGAAAAGUUCUGUUUAUCGUAGCGUCUAAUACAACUGACCUCUUUUGCUGCUGCUCCAGUGAGAUGGAAUAACAUGACAGUAAUGUUAUUUUGACCACAAAGUGGGCUGUUGGGCACUGUAACCUGGAUAUGACCCACUUUAAGGAUACCAUGCAAAGGUGGGGAGCAUAUAAAUUCACAAUAAGUCUGUAUCACCUAAAGAUCCUUCAGGGUUAUGAUACUGUACAGCUAACUGGCAGGAGUAUCUCUUUUUAGCUGUCAAUAUAAAGUCAUCAAUUGCUCCUAUUUUACAGCGUGUUCAUAUUUAAAAUGUGACUUGGUUCUGUAAACUAACAAAUAUACAAAUUAGAUGCUUAGAUUGGGGUCUGAAAAUAUGGUGACAUGGUUUCAUGUGUUUCUCUACUGGUUGCAGCUGAUCAGAAAAUCCUGUGUUAAAGUCAAAGGUGAGGGGCUGCUCUUCACUGGAUUAGUGGGGGUGGUGGGGGGGCAGAAAGGUUCAUUUCAUACUACAUUUGGAGAGAUGAGGGUUUACAUAAAAAUCCUGCUUCUCGAAGCUGUCUUUCAUUUGCUGAAGUAUGUACUAUAAUUCCACUUAAUCUGAUGUUGGGAACAUAAUGUUGACAAGGUACUUACUUAUACAGAUUUAUAUAUUUCCAUAGGACCUAUUUAUAUUUCUGUAUUUAUUUUAGACUCUCUUAAUAAGUGACAUCAUCACCAUAACAGAUAAUGAUAAGCAAUGUUCACCAUAUUGUGUGUAUGUACAGAGUUCAUAACAUGUCCAUGAUUUUCAAGGAAACAUGUCAUUUGCAUUGUAUUAUCUGAUGCGGCGCAGGAGUGGGACAUUUUCGUUACAUGAUGCUACAGACCAAGACUUUCUACCUGAAGGCUCAACCUUUUUGUUUCACGAAGGCAGUGACUGGUUAAACACUUCUUACGAGGACACACGACCUUUUGGGGAGAACAGUAUUUUGACCGCUUUGCUAUUGAUUAAUGGAUAUCUAUUUUUUCUGCAUUUAACACGGGAACUAUGGGAAAAAGCAAUAAGGGAUCUGUACAGGUAUGGUGUGACUGGAUGUGUACAUGCGGGACAUUGCGCUGACCCACACAACAACCACACACACAGUAGCUGUGGCUCUUAGUUUGUGUGGUGGGGAAAGGAGUGAGGCAAAAACUGCAUUGUUGAUAAGCACACAUACUGGAUGAAAUAAAACGGUAUAGAAUAAAAUCUAAGGAGUA